UUAACUGUUCACGUGUAAAACUGCAAACGUUAAAAGUUGACAUCAUACAAACCUGACGUCAUCAAGAAGUUCGUUAUGGGAAUUCCGCCUCUUCUCUGUGAGUCAGAUCAUUUGACUCAGCUCACCAAUAAGAGCAGCUUCCAAACAGUUCAUUGCAAUUUUGUUCUCCAGUGAGAACUCUUUUUCGAAUGGCACAUGUUGUGCUGUGGGCAUGGUGUCCUGCAUUGGACUGGCCACUACAACCCUGACUAGGAUAAAGUGCUUACUGAAGAUGAAUGAAUUCACACUAACAAACAGUUUAGAUGUUGAAACAAGGUUUCCAUGAAGUCAUUUCGAAAUUACACUGCAAGAGUAAAGGCACUGGCUACAUCUACAAAAAAGAAGAAGAAAACAGAGCUCAUAUAUGCGAGCUGGUUCUCAAUGUUCAGUAAAAAAUCCCGUAAACUGAAUUAGGCUUCAUAACACUCUACUAGUUUAUAGUGCAUCAAGUUUGCACCAUAAACGUGUAUAUGGAAGAAUAAGAAGAAAAUGCAGAAUGUGAACAUGUAAGGAUAAUGGCACUUGUUUGUGUCUGAAAACAAGUGGGAGAGUAGGAUGAAUGAGAAUGAAGAGCUCAUCGUCCCAUUCCAACCUGUUGGAGUUCAGUCAGAAGAAGCAGUCUGCAGGAAUGAUACAGCUAACUUCAGCAUAGAAGUGGCAAAUGACAGAACCAAUAAAGAACAGCUCAGUGGUAAGAAGUCGUCUAAUGAAGUGCCCCAGACCCCUCAAGAUGAGCAAAGGCAACAAGACAAACGCGGUCCCUACAUGCCUCAUCCACCCUUGCUUCCCAAGCCUCCUGGAGUGGCGAAAGGAAGUAGGAACAUGUCGUUUGAGGAAAAGAAAAAGGGGAGACGACUGAGGAGCAGUCAGGAGAGCCUCACUGACCCAGCCGAGAUGACCUCUUCGACCGACUCCCUUAGGGAAGUCUCCACUUUUCCUGCACCAAGUAGCCAUAUGGUUUUAAAGAAUGGCCAGAACUCUGGAGGAAGUCAUUUUGAUCAGGUGGCCUGGCAAUCCCCACCAUUCCGGGAUCGAUGUAGCAGCUUCCCUGAGGAGGACAGAUGUCCUCCUGGCCAAGGCCAUCCUUCUGGGCAGCAUCCAAAACCUUCAAAAAUCAUUCUUUCCCCACUGCAGCCCGCAGGAGCCUUUCCUCCACUGGAGUACAGCAUCGCCUCCAUGUCAUUAAGGACUGCUAAUCAGAUUGACAGGGAUUGCCUGGAUUAUAGGAAUGGGAGCCUGCAAGAGAAAUUGCAAAAGAACCUCACUGACAGCCAGCUUUGGGACACCAUGGUGUCGGACAGCACCUCAGUCAAUUCCAUGAAGUCCACCUUCAGCGUGCUCAACCCAAUCCGGCCCAAGGAUGUGAGGAACAGGAGCUUUUUGGAGGGCAGUGUGCUGGGCAACGGAGCCUUACUCGGGGCUGAAGAGUUGGACCGGUACUUUCCCAGCAGGCAAAUUGGGAUUUACAUUGCCACUUGGAAUAUGCAGGGAGAGAAGGGGCUUCCAAACAACCUAGAUGACCUGUUGCUCCCAACAGACACUGAUUUUGCACAAGACUUUUAUAUCAUUGGGGUUCAAGAAGGAUGCCCUGAUAGGAAGGAGUGGGAGAUCCGUCUGCAGGAAACCCUGGGCCCGUACUAUGUGAUGCUGUACGCAGCUGCACAUGGAGUGCUCUAUCUCACCAUCUUCAUACGCAGGGACCUCAUAUGGUUCUGUUCCGAGGUGGAGCAUGCUACAGUCACCACUCGGAUCAUCUCGCAGAUUAAGACCAAAGGGGCAGUAGGCAUUGGCUUCACUUUCUUUGGAACAUCCUUCCUCUUCAUCACAUCUCAUUUUACUUCGGGGGAUUCCAAAGUCUAUGAAAGGAUACUGGACUACAAUAAGAUAAUAGAAGCUUUAGCUCUUCCCAGGUGCCUUCCUGACACCAACCCUUACCGUUCUGUUGCCUCGGACGUGACCACCAGAUUCGACGAAGUCUUCUGGUUCGGGGAUUUUAACUUCCGCCUUAGUCAAGACCGGGAAAGAGUGGAGGAUAUUUUGAACCAACUCACUGGGAAAAACAUGGACGCUCUCCUCCAGCAUGAUCAGCUGUGCAAAGAAAUGAAAGACGGUUCCAUCUUUAAAGGAUUUCAGGAAGCUCCAAUCCACUUCACUCCCACAUACAAGUUUGACAUUGGCUGUGACGUUUAUGACACAACACCCAAGCAGAGAACUCCAUCAUAUACAGAUCGAAUCCUUUUUAGGAGCAGACAAGUAGAUGACAUCAAGGUGGUUAAGUAUACAUCCUGCUCAUCUAUCAAGACCUCAGAUCACCGGCCUGUCAUUGGCAUGUUCCAGGUCAAACUCCGGCCUGGUAGAGACAACAUUCCAUUGGGAGCGGGCUUGUUUGACCGAGCAGUGUACCUGGAAGGCAUCAGAAGGAGGAUUACAAGGGAAUUGAAGAGGAGGGAGGCCAUGAAAAACCAGAGCAACAGUACCGUCUGUUCUAUCUCCUGAUCCAGGGUCAGCAGGCUUCAGACCAUAUCUUCCAUAUUCUGAGCUACUGACUCAGGAAGCUGGACUUUCAGGACCAAAGGGAAGCUCAGAACUACUGGAGAUAUAGCGUUUGACUCCUCAUCCACAAACAUACACUCACAGGAGCUUGAAAAGAGGCUGUGCCUUAUUGUUCAAGGUCUCUGGUUAGAGCUGGAGAUGUCCAUGAGAACACUAGACAUACUGUAGAACGUGGUGAGCAUGUUUGACUGAAAAUGGAGGGAGUGUAAAGAUCACCUCUUUAUAUUUUGUGCACUACAUUUUACUUAGCAUCUUUGUGUUUUUAUAUUAGUGUGUCAGCUUAUAUUUAAGAUGAUAUGAAAGAUUUGUCAUACAGCUCACAUUUUUCAAACUAAUGCAGUGUUCAAUGGCCUUACACAGAUAAAUCAGCAGCUCAACUAAUGAACACAGAUUUGUUACCAAUACUAAUUAAAUGUUGUUUUUUUAAAUAUUUAUUUCAUAGAUUAAAUAUUUAUUUCAUGGGUUAAAUUCUGCCAAAAUUACAUUUUGGUUUUCACUGGUUUCAACCAGUGAAAAGUGGUAUCUUUAACAACAGACAUGUGACCUAUCAUCAUGUUGAGGUGCUUUAGCCACAAACUGUCAUCGUGCAGCGGUGUGGAGGGGAAAUUCCAACUCAUACUGAACAGUCUCAUCUAAAAGUCUCAUCUAGGACUUCCAUCAUUGCCUUAACUUCUUACACAAAAGAAUUCAGCCUUUUACUUGAUGUCACCUGGCCAUUUGUACAGGACUAAGGACUGAUUUUGACUAAGUAACUGUAUUCCUCGCAUGGGCCACAAAUAAAAAUGUAACCCUAAAUCAUGCUUUUGCAUCACAUUCCUCACUGUUGAAGGAAAGUGCCUGAGAAGUUGUUUGAUUCCUUCUGUUGCUUUUCUAGAACAUUCUGUUUCAACCUAAAUAACAUGUUUUUAAUGUUUACAGUGUUAUUUAAGUAACAUGAAGCCAUGACUGAAUCUACUGCCAUGUCUUAUGUGUUUUUUGUGUCUUGGUUUACAGCUAUGAAAAUAUAGUUUGACCAGUAUUUAAAAAAAAAAAAACCAAAGAAAUAUAA